GCUGGAGGGGCGUUGACCCGCACAAAACUGACUUCGGCAGGGAGUUUGCCCAUGUUGAGUGAUGGGAGAAUGCACCAAAUGUCGCUCCUCUUGUCUCCUAAGUUCUUUUUUAAAAAUAUGUUUUCCGUGUGUGCCUGAGUGUUUGCGUAUAUAUAUGUACACCACGUGCAUGCUUUAUUAGUACGCCUGGCAAACUCUUACUCGUCCCUCAAAACCCUAGGCGACUCACCACAUCCGUGACUGCUCCUGGUACGCUUUCCUCGGACUCACCAGACUUGUGACUUCCACAAUCUUUAGAUGACUUCCUACAGCCAGAACAAUGGCACCGCUGGUGGAAUUUUGCCUUCCAGCUUGUUCGAAAGGUACUCUUCCAUCAUCAAACAACUGCCGGAGGAACUGGACAGUGUUCUCUCUGAGAUGAUGGUCCAGCUUGACAACAUCUCCAUCUUGAUAUCCAAAAUCAAUCAGUCCUUCCAGGAGCAUCACAAGCAGGUGGAAAACUUCUUCCAGCUGGUGGAGAUCUUCAGCAAGUCCCCCCGUAUCCUGGAGAUGAUCAAGGCUGUCCAGAGUUCGACUGAGAAAGAAGCCAAGCAGGGCCCAGAGACCACGGCCCCCCAGGACCCCGAGAAACUCAAGGCCACCCCGGGGCCUCAGCUGUUCACCAGACGUCAGUGCCUCUCCGAGACAGAGGAGCAGCAGGACCCACAGCCUGUGUGGGACAAGGAACCCACGUUCUGGAGCCAUACCCUGACCCAGGAACUCUGGGAACUUUUCAGGGAAAACCCGGAGAACCAGCAGGCACAGGAGGAGGAGCUGCUGGGACUGGAAAACAAAGACUCCUGCCUGACUGACUCAGAAAGAGAACCAGAGUUGGAGCCCAAGCCCAGAGGCAGCCUGAGUGACUUCUCCCCUAUCCUGAGUGAUACUUCCUUGGGUCUGCUUGGUAUUUCCCAAAGAGACAUCAGCCAGCUCCAAUGUGAGACCCAGGAAUCUUCUGGAAGUGCUGGUCCAUUUCUGAAGCCUCUGUCCUGGGACUCUGAGAACUUAGAGCCCAGCUGGGAGAGACCAGCUGCAUCACUCUGGCAAUCAAAGAGGCUUGCUGUCCCCCAGGCCCUGCAGAAGGUACGAGUGUUGAGACAUGGGGAACUCCUGUUGGCGAUGGCCGUGAGCUGCUUCACACAGCACGUCUUCACCUGUUGUCGGAGUGGCAUCAAGGUGUGGAGUCUAACGAACCAGGUGGCAGAGGACCGAUUUCCCGAGAGCCACUUGCAGUGUGGCAUCCAGACCAACGGGGCCUACCUGCGCACCUGCCUGCUGUCCUCUAACAGUAGGACCCUGUUCACCGGCGGACACAACCUGCCAUGCGUGAGCGUGUGGGACCUGGCAGCCCCGUUCCUGUACGAGAAGUGCCAGCUGCCCUGCAAGGGCCUGUCCUGCCAGGUGCUAGCCAGCACAGAAGAGAACAUUACCUUCGCUGGCUUCACAGAUGGCAGGGUCAGGAUGUGGGACCUACGGAGUCAGGGGAUAGUCAGGGACCUCGAAGGCCCUGUCAGUGCAGCCAAGAGCCUGGUGGUCAAAGAUGACAAUGUCUGGAUGGGAGGUCUGGAUGCCUGUCUACGAUGCUGGGACCUGCGCAUGGUCAAGGUGUCGCUGGAGUACAGAUUCCAGUCCCAGAUCAUGAGCCUGUCCCACAGUCCACAGGAAGACUGGCUGCUGCUGGGCCUGGCCAAUGGCCAGCACUGCCUGUAUGACAGCAAGAGGAGGAGCGAGGUGCUCCCUGUGGGCACCAAGGACAAGACCAUCUUAGGCCUCAAGUUCUCCCCAAACGGCCAGUGGUGGGUGAGCGUGGGGAUGGACGACCUGGUCACCAUCCACAGCAUGCCCUCAGGAAAGAAACUCUUCCAGGUCCCUGAGACUGCCGCUGUCACAUGUUGUGACGUGACAGCCAAUAGCAAGCUGAUUGUCACGGGUUCUGGGUACUGUGCCUCCGUGUACCAGAUCAAGUACUGACGGCUUCGACUCCUGACUCCUCUCUCCCAGCUUCACAGUGGCGGGUGAGAGUCCUAAGGGUGUACCCGACCCCUCAUCACAUGUAGUAAAGCAAUUGAGAAGGCA